CGCUAGACGAUUCUGUGAUGUGUGUCCUUGUGACUUGCAUGUCAGAUGCUCAGUUGGAACAAGAAGUCGAAUGAUUUUACUUUAGUGAAAACACACACACACACACGCAGUUAUUACUUUUCAGCGAUACAGAUAAUUAUAGUUAGCGUUGCUGCCAGUCGUGUCCAUCUUCGCUGUGUACAACGCACAAUGGCUAGUAUUGUGCGCUCCGAGUUGGUUGAUGUGCUCGGCACCACCCCAGCGAAUGCACUCGAUUUGUCCCGCACCGAGGGACCGAACAAGAUCUUUAGCGUCAACGGCGAGAGCCGCGAGUUCCAUGUGAAUUAUUCCGAGCAGGGUGUUGCGUAUGGUGAGACGGAGAAGACUUCUGUGUCGGUCGUCCACGCCGUGAAGUUAUCCGGAGGCGAGCGACGGAUCGCAGCUUACAACCUAUCUGCCGCGCCCGUCGAGCGGUGGGGCAUCAACUUUCCCGGAGUUUUGCAACUGACAGUGGCAGGCAGCGAUGCCGCGGACAGCAGUCAGAUCUACUUGCCCGGUGUGCGAAUGUAUGACCCCACCGGCAGGACAGGUGAUGCGCAUGCAAGCGAGAGAGUUGGCCCCAGCUGCGCUGCCUUCCAGACAGCCGUCACUGUCAUAGAGCUGGCUGCCGCGUAUCACGGAGCGUCGCUGCAGGAGCUGCGCGAGGUUCACGAAUCGUUUCGGUCCUGCGUCGUGCGCUAUCAUGGUAGAGUGGGACUGUUUGACUGGAUGUUUCAGCAGAUUGAGGAUGUGGUCUACUCGAAGAAAGCAGUCACGCCGUUCUCCGACUUUGCACGUGUGAUGGUUGAUGAAGGCAAGCUGGACGGGUCGUCCGAUGAGUCAGAGCACACCAUGGUAUACCUCAGCAAGCUAGUGGCUCCACCGGCGUACUACCGCAAGGUGAAAGCUAAGGACAAUGUGGACGACGUCGUUCGGCCGGAGGACCGCGCAAAGUUCGACUCAUUUCUGUGAACAGCCUACAACUAACAUCAGUAACAUGCAAUCUGUGCCAUGGCACAAGGUUGCCUGUAAAUUAAUAAGAGUGAUUAGUCUUAUUACUUCAAGUACUGAGCAUUGAGCGGUUGAGCAUGAGUAACUGCCUUGCAGCUAUACCCAUAUUUUUACUAUAGAUGCUGCUAACACGGCUGGUUAUGCCCAUAAUCAUACGCACUAUAAUAUAAUUAUGCUAGUGCUGCCGGUUAUUUUCAACAAGCAAGGCCCCUCUUACACAUUGGCUUUUUGUUGAUGGGCUGGCUAGCUUGAACGUUGACAUGGACUAAUAAAUAAAUCGCUUGUUAGUAGUAGCAGUGAGUUGUUGGGCAGGCGCAGCAGUGAGAUCAUCUCCGCCCCGGUAUAGAUUUUUUGCAGGCACUAAGUGUGUGUAGCCGUAGCACAUCGUGCAAUACGAUUGUUUCAGUUGGUGGAUAUGUAGACAUACAAUUCUUAUAACCUCACUGGAGAUCCUUCCAUUGUCUAACGUUAGUGAAUAACUGCAUAUCAAAUUAAUGUGAUAAACAGGGUAAAUGUCUGUAUUUUAA